GUGACGUGCGGGAGCGCUGCGGGGAUGGAGGAGAGGGAGCAACUGCGGCGGCAGAUCCGGCUGCUGCAGGGUCUCAUAAACGACCAUAAAAACGUCCAUGGAAAUGCACCAGUGCCCCUGCCUUCUGCGAUGCAGCGGUGGAGGAAUCCCCGGCAGCUCACCUUCAGCAGGCGCGGGGCAUUUUCGUCCAGCUACUCCCAGCAGACUCCCAGGGAUUUCCAGCCGCGCCAGGGUAACUCCUGGAGAAAAAAGUACUCCCUUGUGAACCGACCGGCGUGCCACGCUGACAGCAGCGGAAGUGCGAGCACUUCGCAGGCUUUUGUGAGCCAAGGAGGUGACCAGGCACCCGGUCCGCAAGGAGCAGCCCCAGAAAGGCAUGUGGACUUGACUACAGAUGGUAAUAUAGUUGUUGGGAUCCAGCUGCCACAGAGGCCUGGCCCAGUUGUAAAAGCUAAAAGUUUUGCUGAAGUGAGUUCUUGUCGUGAGGUUUCUGGGCUGAAAAAGGUGGUAGCUGUUACAGACAGUGGUAAAAAUCUGCAGGAAUGCUCUAACUCUCUGUACACAAGCCAAAACGAUGAGAGAAAGCCCUCUUUCUCAGUUUCCUUUAAUUCUUCGUACCAGUCUGCAAGCUCAGUGCACCUGAAGGUGUCAGGCUUGCUGAGAACUGUUCAUGUGUCCGACGAGGCAGCCCGGAGCACUGCAGCCGCCCGCAGAACUGCCAGCGAAAACGCCGUAACGCUCAAGUCAGAGCCGCAGCAGCCUUCAGCUGUACCAGACCGCCAGCUGGGCUGCCACUCAGCGUGGAAGAAGCCAGAGCCACCAAAUCCAGGGCAGUCUAGCUCUGAGCAGGUCACAGAUGCUCUCGGAGAGCCAAAGCUCCUCAGAAACACUGAGACACGCUUGAGACCUGCUCAGGCCGCAACUUCAGCGGUGGGAAUGAAUCCAAUGAAGAGUCGAUUUUCAGUCUUUUCCAAAGUGACCAGUCUUCAAAGAGCUGCCUCAACAUCAGUCUCCAGUAAAGCUUUGAAAUUCAGGAAAACCAAUUACACGUGGGUUGCGAACCCUGGUAAAUGUUCUCGUACUGUGAAAAGGUGGAUCAGCCCUCGAACUUCUGAUAGUGCGAGGAAGCUCGCUGGAGGAGCAGACAGAGUGGCUAAGCUAUCGCCAAAAGGAGACUUGGGAGCAAAGCUGAAGAAGUCUGGACUGCAGUCCAAAUUGGGUGUUUCCCCCAGUAAGUAUAAAUGGAAAGCCUCCAGCCUGCAGACUUCUCCCUCCACCUCCAAGUCGGCGUUCAGGUGGCAGUCUGAGGACCAGAAAAAGGCCGGGAUCUCUGGUGUCUCUAGAGCCAGCUCUGUCCCACUGCCUCUGAAUGACGCAUCUGUCAGUCACAGCGGGGUGCAGUCCUCCUUCAGCGAGACUGUAUUUUCUGGUUACAAAGUGAAGAGUCGGACAAAAAUAAUCAAGAGAAAAGGAAGUUCGGGUUCCCCAGCAGAUAAGAAGAGCAGCUCCUCCCCUAUCACACCUCUGAAAUGUCACUUCCAUCUCAGGAAGAGAAACUCCUUGCGGGGGAAGACUUCUGCGACCUUGAAACGCUCCUCGCCCAAGGGCCUGGUGCAGAUCACCAAACACAGGCUGUGCAGGCUGCCGGCCACCCGGAUGCAGGUCUCUGGCAAGGAAGGUGCCAGUUUGCACUUUAUACGGACCCCCCCGAGCAGCAAGGUGAUAAAGACUCGCUACAGGAUAGUGAAGAAGAACGUGGUUUCUUCCAUGGGUUCGCUAUCGUCCUUCAACAGCCCUAUUCCCACUUGGAAGACAAGGCGCCUUGCAGCAUCCAGAUCCCCGGGGUUAAACCAAACGCGCCCAUCGCCGCCGAGCAGCAAGUCGCAGCAAAUGCAGCAGCGGUGGCGGAGCAAAGGCUUGCGCUGCAUCGGCGGCGUGAUGUACAGAGUGUCGGCGAACAAACUCUCCAAGACCUCCAGCACUCCCGGCCGGACCAGAGACCAGAGCACCAAGAGCCCCGGCAGAGCAGCGAGGUUGACUUCUACGCCCAGCAGUCCUGGCUACUCUCCGUCCAGCUGCCUCAACAGAUCAGCCACGAGCCGCUAUAUUGCCAGCCGUGCUGUUCAGCGGAGUUUGGCCAUCAUUCGUCAAGCCAAACAGAAGAAAGAGAAGAAGAAGGAAUAUUGUAUGUACUACAAUCGCUUUGGCAAGUGUAAUCGUGGAGAGAGCUGCCCCUACAUCCAUGAUCCGGAGAAGGUGGCUGUCUGCACCAGGUUUCUCCGUGGCACGUGCAAGAAGACGGACGGGACCUGCUCCUUCUCCCACCAGGUUUCCAAAGAUAAGAUGCCGGUGUGCUCUUACUUCCUGAAGGGGAUCUGCAGCAACAGCAACUGCCCGUACAGCCACGUCUACGUGUCCCGCAAAGCCGAAGUGUGCCAAGAUUUCCUCAAAGGCUACUGCCCCAUGGGAGAAAAGUGCAAGAAGAAGCACACGCUGGUUUGCCCGGACUUCGCCAAGAAGGGCGUCUGCCCCAAGGGCGCCCAGUGCAAGCUGCGGCACCCGCAGAAGAAGCGCCGCCCGCGGCAGCCCGGUGCUGCCGGCGACGCCGACCGCGGCCACCCUCCCUCGAAGUGGCGGCGGCUCUGCGAAGAAACGGGCAGGGACGAUGCUGUGCAGCUCCACGACGACGGGGCAAUGCCAGGCCCCUCCGGCACGGAGCGAGAGGCGACGUUUUGGAGCGACACAGACCCCUCGCGGAGCAGCCGGCUCCAGAAGCUCCCAUCCUUCAUCUCGCUGCAGUCACCCACCUCCCCUGAGGACAGGCCGUGCAAAGCUGAACCGAGCGAGGAUGAGCCUGCGGAGGAGCCAGGUCCUGCCAAGUGGAAAAGGGCUUUUGCGGCCUCCGGGGGAUCGGAAAACGCGACUCGCCAGGAGGGAGGUGGCAAAGAAGGCAAGCGGCUGCAGAUCAAACCCAGGCUGUGAGCGAGACCUGCCCACCGCCGACCCUUCGCCGGUCCCGUGCAGCGGCCCGAGAGCUCAGGAAAGGCAGCGCCGGGCCCGACCUGGCACCUACCUCAGGCUGCAGCGCCGGCCGCGUCUCCCGUUUCCCCCCUGCUCCCCGAGACGUCCGCAGCGGCCGGCGGUGGAGCGGGGAGAAGCGUCACCCCAUCCCCGGCGCUUGAGGAGGCACCUUUGUUGCAGCGUUUUCAUUUUCAAAUAAAUUAUCUUUAACGCUGGCUCAUUGAAGCGGGAUCCGCGCCGCCGGGGAGACGCUCGGGUCCCCGUCGGUCCUCCUCGGCCGCUGGGGCUCGGCGCUCCCGUGCGCUCUCCUUUGCGGCAAGAUACAAGGAGGCAAACGGACCCGAGGAACUUAAUUUGGGGCUCCUCUGCCGCAGGAGCCAGCCGUGCAUCCCCACCACCGCGUCCCUCUGCCGCCGGCACGCGGGAGUCAUCGGCAGCGGGAGCCGUCGGCAGCGAGAGCUGCCGGCAGCCCGGGCUCCCGGCCCCGUGCCCGGGGACCCACCUGGGUCCGUCUUUCUGCCCCCUCCACCCCCUGAAGCGGAGGCGUCAGGUCUUUAGUUUCCUUAUUUUUAGGGGGCGAUUUCUCGCCGGGACGCUGGAGCAGAGCCAGGGGCCAGGCUGGAAGGUCGCCCUGCGCCGGGCGGCCCACGCCGGGCCGCUCGCCCGCUCUCCCUGCCCCGUGGCUUCUCGCCGCCCUCCGCGGUCCAAAUUAGCUGCGGCCCUGCCGGCCCCUCGGAGUGGGGGGCGAGGGGCAUCUUGCACCUUUGAGGAGAUGAGUCUGGGGGCCGUCCUGCCCCGGGAGCAGCCCCGGGUGCCCCCCUCGGGCUGGUUUUGGUAAAGCUUUCGGCAGCUCGGGUUGAUCCUCGGUGUCUUUUUGGUAUUUAAAUAAAACAGCCCCUGCGCGAAAAGCCCC